AUGAAUAAGCAGCGGGCCGCUGAACAGGCCCUACAUGACCAGACGAACAUCCUGCCAUUCAAGCAGUUAAUAGUCGUCUUCACGGGUCUCGCCAUCUCAUUGUUGAUGACCAAUAUCGACCAGAACGGUAUCAGCGUCACUCUUCCCACGAUCGCACGCGACCUCAAAGCCCAGGACACUAUCUCCUGGGCAGGGACGUCGUCGCUAAUCGCCAAUACCAUGUUCACCGUGCUUUACGGCCGAUUGUCCGACAUCUUCGGCCGGAAGGUUGUCUACCUAUCCGCGCUAGUGGUGAUGUGCAUCGCCGAUCUGAUUUGCGGCUUGGCCCAGACCCCAGCGAUGUUCUACGUCUUUCGUGGUCUGGCUGGUGUGGCCACCGGUGGUAUCCAGUCAUUGACUAUGAUCAUUGUCUCGGAUGUGGUGACUCUAGAACAACGAGGUAAGUACCAGGGAAUCCUUGGUGCUGCCCUGGGCGUCGGAAACGUCUGCGGACCGUUCCUUGCUGCUGGGUUCACGAUGAACUUGACGUGGCGCGGCUUCUUCUGGUUGAUAUCACCAUUGGCUGCUCUUUCAGCUGUCCAGGGACACUUCUUGAUCCCCAACAAUGCUCGCAAGGAGAGCUUCCGGAAGAACGUGCGCCGCAUUGAUGGUUGGGGUAUUCUUGCAUCUUCCAUUGGCGUUAUCUUCGUCCUGAUUCCCGUCUCCGGAGGUGGAUCCUAUUUCCGCUGGGACUCACCACUGGUCAUCAGUCUGCUUACCAUCGGUGGUUGCGCUAUGGUUGCCUUUGUGAUCAUUGAGUGGAAGGUCGCCACGCUGCCGAUGCUGCCAAUGACCUUCUUCAAGGACAGAGUUAUUUCUGCUCUUUUCCUGCAAAGCUUUCUUUUGGGCGCUGCAUACCAGUCAUUGUUGUACUACCUGCCCCUCUACUACCAGAAUGCUCGUGGUGUUUCUCCAAUUGUGUCUGCGGCCUUCACCUGCCCUAUGGUUAUCUGUCAAUCUUUCGCUUCUAUCACUUCUGGGCAGUAUAUCUCCCGUCGCAAGAGAUAUGGCGAGGUCAUUUGGCUCGGCUUCGGCCUUUGGACCUUGGGCUGUGGUCUUAUGCUUCUAUUCAAACAUGAUACCCAUCCCGCAGUCGUCUGUGUGAUCGUUGGCAUUACCGGCAUGGGCAUCGGAUUCACCUUCCAGCCUACGCUAGUUGCCCUGCAAGCCCAUUGCACAAAAGCACAGCGCGCGGUCGUCAUUGCGGACCGCAAUUUCUUCCGUUGUCUGGGUGGUGCGUGCGGCCUGGCCAUCUCCGCCGCCAUCCUGCAGGCGACUUUGCGGUCCAAUCUGCCUGCGAAAUUCGCCUACCUGACUCAUUCGUCGUACUCGCUUCCAGACCGUUCCGCUCUUACCGAGGUCGAGUGGGAUCAGAUUCUCGAUGCGUAUUCCAAGGCUUCGCAUUCGGUUUUCCUCUUCAUCUUUCCUGUCAUCGCAUUAUGUUUCCUUGCCUGCAUUCUUGUUCGAGAUCACGGACUUGAAAGACCUAAGGAUGUCCAGGAGAUCGAAGAAGAGAAGCGCAAGGCUGCUGAGGCGGCUAGGGACCCCGAGGCCGGUGUUACUGGGCCUGUUACUGAACCUGUCUCGGAGGAGGAACUGCCUUCUGAAGAGGAUCAUGUCAAUGAUGAAGUUGAGAAACGACACUCCAUGUCGUCGACACUUGCCGAGUCAUCUAUGCCACCAUCUCGGGCGGAGCCGGUUUUGACUGUUGAUCCUCAUCACUAG